AUGGACCCAAGAAAAUUUUAUGGUGGUGUACACACCAUCAUUCAAGAGUUUCCUAACGGCAGCACCGAUGAAGAGCUUUCUGAUGAUGAUAACUAUAGAAAACGGGCUAGUGUUCGGCCACCUAUAAUAAUACCUGAAUCAGAUUCUGACACGGAAGGCGACAUUCCAUUAUCAGAACUCCCCAGUACCAGUUCACGUGCUAAUAGGAACGCAAAACCUAGAUGGAGGGACGGUUUUUUAGAGAAAACGGAAACAGAAAUUCAGUUCUUAGGCAAUACCAGCUUGCCUGCUGAUAUAAUGGAAUUAGAGACACCCAUUCAUUUUUUCAAAUAUUUGUUCACCGAUGAUAUGUUUCUCUACAUUGCACAAGAAACUCUCAAAUAUGCAGUUGAAAAACGCCCCGAAAAGCUGAUGAUAGUUACCAGUACGGAUAUAGAAAAGUUUGUUGGUAUAUGCCUUAUGAUGUCCAUUAUUCAGCUGCCUUCGACCAGAGACUACUGGAGUUCGGCAUUAGGACACCCUAAAGUGAAUUCGUUUAUGUCCUGUAAUCGCUUUGAAGAAAUAAAACGUUUCUUACAUUUCAAUGAUAACUCAACCCAAAUUCCAAAAGGUCAGGUUGGCUAUGAUCCUCUCCAUAAACUUAGGCCAUUUCUUGUCCAAGUUAGAGAACGACUAUUGACUAUUCCCAAAGAGGAAUAUAUGGCCGUCGACGAACAAAUAAUACCAACUAAAAGCCGGUCUACAAUGAAGCAGUACAACCCAAAAAAACCACAUAAGUGGGGAUACAAGAACUUUGUCUUGAGCGGCAGUUCUGGUUUCAGCUACGACUUUGAGCUGUACACAGGUGCUCAUGUUUCUGAAACUGUAGAUGGCAAUUUCCCGAACAUCAGCACUUCAAGCAAUGUUGUCAUCCGGCUUGCAAGAACCAUUCCACAUAACAUGAACUACCGACUUUUCUUUGACAAUUGGUACACAUCACUACCACUUUUAGUUUACUUAACAAAACAGGGUAUUUUGCCCCUGGGUACAAUCAAAGCCAACCGCGUUCCAGGAUAUAAAGUUCCACUCGAAAAGGAGUUGAAAAAGAAAGGACGGGGUGCUACAGUUGAAAAAAUUUCAACCGUGGACAAUGUUGACAUAUCUGUGACAACAUGGUAUGACAAGAGAGUAGUAAACUUGGCAUCGACCUACGUUGGUAGCAAACCCAUAACAGAAGUGAGACGCUAUGAUAAAAAAGAAAAAGUGUACCAAGCUGUUCCUUGUCCAAAGGUUGUCACGACAUACAACAGUCAUAUGGGAGGUGUGGAUCUGUUAGAUGCACUUCUUGGUUAUUACAGGAUCCAGAUCAGAUCACACAAAUUUUAUCACCGCAUAUUCUUUCAUCUUAUAGAUAUGAUGACAGUCAAUGCUUGGCUGUUAUAUAAACGCAGAAAUGCUGACGCUGAUGCAUGGUUGCCCCUUAGCGAUUUCAAAGUAGCUGUGGCGGAAGCCCUCACUAUGACCAAUAAGCCCAGCACAGUCGCCAAACGCGGACGGCCAUCCUCCAAUCUAAUCGAAAAUGCAAUCCAAGAGAAGAAGUCUAGAGGAGCUAUUGCAAUAAUGCCAUCACAGGAUGUUCGUCUUGACCAGCUGGAUCACGUACCUAUCUGGUCAUCCAGGCAGCGUUGCAAAGUUCCUGAGUGCAAUGGUAGAUCCCACGUGCUAUGCAGGAAAUGUCAAGUCAACUUAUGCUUGAAUGAGAAGAGGAAUUGUUUCUUGCUGUUUCAUACUUUUUAA